AGUAAAAAUCAUUAUGUGAACGAGAAAGUCUGCGUGUUCUUGCUUCUGUAUUUAAAGACUUUGUCUGACACAUCCACUUCAUCAAUAGUUUCUCUUUCUUCUUCUCCUUCUUCUUUUUCUUUAAGAAACAAUACAAACCCCAAAAACUUACAAAAAAUAACUCUACAGAGAUGGCUGUUGGAAUCCUUGAGGUUAGCCUGAUCAGUGGCAAAGGUCUUAAGCGCUCUGAUUUUCUUGGCAAGAUAGAUCCAUAUGUUGAGAUCCAAUACAAAGGCCAAACCCGCAAAAGUAGCGUUGCUAAAGAUGGAGGUAGAAAUCCGACAUGGAAUGAUAAAUUGAGAUGGAGAGCAGAGUUUCCUGGCUCCGGCGCCGAUUACAAACUCAUUGUCAAAGUCAUGGAUCAUGAUACUUUCUCCUCUGACGAUUUCAUCGGCGAAGCCACGGUACAUGUGAAAGAGCUAUUGGAAAUGGGAGUGGAGAAGGGAACGGCCGAGCUAAGGCCUACCAAGUACAACAUUGUUGACUCUGAUCUCUCCUUUGUCGGCGAGCUUCUCAUCGGAGUUUCUUACUCUCUUUUGCAAGACAGGGGAAUGGAUGGAGAACAGUUUGGAGGAUGGAAGCAUAGCCAAGUUGAUUAGUUUCGUUUCUUAAAACUGCUGAUUUUAUCUUCUUCUUUAAUCUUUAGUGUCAACAUCAUUAAGAUAUUCAUAAGUACCAAAAAUAUUAAAAUCAAAAUGUAUCAUGAUUUGUUGGUUGUGGGGAAUCUCCUUGAUUUAUAGUAAGAGCAUGUGUAUGAAA